UUAGUUAUCUCGUGAAUUUAUGUGAACCUACGUAAACGAAACGAUAAGUUAAGUUUUUCUUUUCUUAUAAUUUAUAUAUCUUGUAAUUUAAUGUAAUUUAAUAUUUAUACGAAAAUUUCGAUGUAUAAUUGUGCAACGUUAUCUUUUGAAAUAAAUAAGAAUAUUUAUCAGAAUCAAAUUACAUAUCAGUGAAAAUAGAAUUUUCUAUGCCAACGCUGUGUUAUUCGGUCGGAUAUUGAGUCGAAAUCAUACGACCAAUAAAGAAGUCGAAGUCGAAGACACGCAACAUGAAUGUGCAAUUGAAAAAUUCCGAAGAAGAAACGCGUUUCAUCGAUGGAAGCGAAUACAGGGGAACUUGGAACACACUGGGCAUGGAAGGAAUCGGCAAAUUCGUUCUACCGCACAAUGCCAUCUUUGAAGGGGAAUUUCGUGAUGGUACUUUUCAUGGCCAUGGUAGCAUGUAUUGGCCUCGAAGACAAAGGAUAGAUGGAAUUUGGUUGCAAGGUGAAUGUAAGGACAAGCAAUAUAUCUUCAACGAUGGACUAGUUUUUCGUAGCGAUGAUUGGGAGUACUGCAAAUUUCCUGAUAGGCGAUAUCAAACGUGCAUUAAAUACGGAUUAAGACCAGCUGGAGCAACGUUACGCAGGAAUGAUCGAAACGAAUAUGUUAUUCCUUCUAUGUGUUACGAUGCAGGCAUUGGGAUCUUUAAUCCAUCUAAAUGUUAUAUUACAUCCUACAAAGACUCAAAGAAGAUACUUGAAAUACCAAAUACGAAAUUAAUUCUCUGGAUACAAAAGAACUGUCAGAAGGCGUGUCCAAUCGGAAAUCGAAAAGAUCUUUACGAAGAUUUGUUUCCCGGCACGGAGAGUCUCUCUACAUUAUUGCCGUUUUCAAGUAAUUCUUUUGAAUCAUGGUGGAAAAGAUUGACUACCUUUCGUUCACAUUGAAUCUGCGAUACAUCUUUAAAAAAUAAAAAUCUCAUUAAGAGUUUCAAUAAGAAUUAAUUAAAACAAAAAUACAUACUAA